AUGCCCGGCGUGUCCAGAUCAAAAGCAUGCGACACUUGCAAGAAGCGCAAGGUAAAGUGCGAUGAGAAGUGGCCGACCUGCUCGCCAUGCGCGCGGCACAAAGUCAUAUGCCCCGGCCCGUCAUCGCCAGGCUUCAAGUUCAUCCAUCAAGAGAACCAACCGGCCCAGAGGCGCCCCGCUGAGCGUGAACGGAAGCCGCGUGUGGGCGAGAGGGAGGACCCGGGCUCACUCGCCCUGCAGGUCCGCAAGAUGCGCUCGGCCGUCCACGGCGACGGGAGCAGCUACGGCUCGUUCCGCCUCGUCAAUCCGACCCCUCGACCCCAGCCGACGACUCUCUGCGACAGAGUUGCGCAGCGCCUGGUGGGCCACCUGGAGCGGGGUAGGGAUGGAGGCAUAACCCUGCAGAUGACCUACCUCAAGCAUCUCCCCCAGCGCCUGUCCGAGAGUGCCUGCCUGCGUGACAGCGUGGCUCUCUUCUGCACCUCCUGGGCUGGCUUCCGUCGCCAGCAGCCGCGCGGGGAGAUUGUCAACACGGUCGGGUACGGCAAGGUGCUCAGGAGUCUCCAGCGCGCCCUGGAAGGCCCCCAGGCCCUCUCUGUCGAGACGUUGGCUGCCGUGACGCUGCUGGAGAGGACCGAUGCGAUAUUCAACCGGAAGCCCAAGCAUCACUGGGAUGUCCACCAAAAGGGGAUCAGAAACUUGAUCACCCAGAAGGGUCCACCUAAUGUUGACGAUAUGCUCGACGUGUGUCUAGCCAACGAGAACUAUGGCAUGCUGCUCGGACAUCUGGCAAGAGCAGGCGGCUCGAACUUUAUGCUGCAGUCGCCGUGGAAAGAGGUGAUGGAGAAGUGCGAGGAUGUAUAUCUGAAAAGCCUCAAGCUCGAGCCUUUCUCGGACGAGUCGAUCAGAUUAAUCAAUCGUGUGUACGGCGAGUGGCCCGAAUGGGUAGCAGAGAAAGUCCGGAUCCGACAAGAUCCGCUAAGCGACGAGAUGAUGACCGCCGCUGCAUCUUUCAGAGAGAGGCUUUGCUCCAUUGAAGCUAGUGUGCGAGGCGUGGUCGUUCCCUUAACUGAGGAUGGACUUGCGAGCGGGACCAUUGCCGAGACGAAAGAGCCAAAGGCGUUCGUGGGCAAGAAGUACCUUUUCAAGUCUGAUAGCCUGGCGCAAAUGUUCAUGUCCGCACUCAUGCUGAGAGCUCUCCUCCUUCUCAUGAUUCGCCAGCUGGACAAUCUGUAUGCUCGCGUGGACGAAGUGGUAUGGGCAGAAUAUAGGAAGGUCAGCGUACAAAUCUGGAUGUUCGAGACCUACCUGCGCGCCAUGGAGCCGCUGAUUGCAGUCAACUUCAUCGGGGGCAUUCAUGUCUCGCUGGAUGCGGCCUCCCCGGAGGAGACGGAACGUAUCGUGGAUUUAGUGAUGGAUAUCGACGAGGGCUUACAUACACUCGGGUUGGAAAAAUCCGUAUUGGCGGGUUACAUUCAAAAAUAUACUGAUAUAAUGACGGGGGAGCAGACGAUGCCAAAAUAA